GUGCAUUUACUGUAACAGCAUGUAAAGGUCUUGGUAUUGGUUUAAAAGAAAUCUAUAAUCAUCAAUAUACAUAUUCAAAAGUAUUAACAUUUUCAUGUGCAAUAGUGAUUAUUUGUUGUAUUCUUGUACAAAUGAUUUAUUUAAAUCGUGCAUUAGAUCUAUUUUCUACACCUAUUGUUACAACUGUUUAUUAUGUUUUAUUUACAACAUGUGUAUUAAUAACAUCGGGUAUACUUUUUCGUGAAUGGGAAAAAUUAGCAUUUGUUGAUAUAAUAGCAUGUUUUGUUGGAUUUUCAAUAACAACAUGCGGAUUAGUAUUAAUAAAUUAUUUAAAAACAAAUUUACAAAUAAAUGAUUCUCGUUUUCCAUAUUUUUCAACUGAUUCAACAACAAUAGUCAAUGCAAAACAACAACAUUUUAUUCAAGGCAAAUCUUAUGCCGACCUAUUAGUUGACGAUGAUGAUAAUUUAUCAUCAAUAACGAAUUCUUUCAACGAACAACGUCAACCAAUAUUAUUGAUUGAUGAACGUGAUCUUAACUCAUAG